AUGAAAGCCAUCAUUGUGACUGGGGCAACAGGGAAACAAGGGAGAGCUCUGAUCCGCAACCUCAUCUCCAAGGAGACCCCGUACGAAAUCCUCGCCAUUACUCGAGAUCCCAGUUCCGCAUCCGCCGAGCGUCUCGCCAAACUAUCCCCGAAAAUUCGACUGGUGGAAGCCAAUCUCGACAAUCCCGUGGAUGUGUUCGAGAAUGCACGCACCGCCAGCGAUAACCCCCUCUGGGGCUUUUUCAACGUCCAGGUUGCCAUCGGAAACACUACCUCUGAAGAAACGCAAGGAAAAGCGCUGAUCGACGAAGCAAUUCGCCAAAACAUCAAGUUUCUAGUCUACAGCUCUGUCGACCGCGGCGGAGACGCGACCUCCUACGACAACGCCACCAACAUCCCACACUUCAUCAAAAAGUACAACAUCGAGCACCACCUUGUCGAGAAAACCAAAGGCACAGACACAGAGUGGUUCAUUCUCCGACCCACUGCCUUUUUCGAAAACCUCGUCCCAGGAUUCAUGGGCAAGGUAUUCGCCACGUCCUGGGACAUGACACUAAAGAGUAAACCGCUGCAGUUAGUCUCGACAAGCGAUAUCGGGUAUCUGGCGGCGGAGGCGUUCAUGAAUCAUGAGAAAUACAAGGGAACAGCGGUGUCGUUGGCAGGGGAUGAAUUGACGUAUGAACAAAUGGCCAAGGUCUUUAAGGAGAAGACGGGGCAGAAGGUGCCGACUACUUUUCGACCGGUUUGUUCGGUGUUGAUGGCGAGUAUGAAGGAUUUCGGCCUCAUGUUUCGCUGGUUUCGAGAUGAGGGGUAUAAAGCCGAUAUCGCGGAUUUGAGGGCGAAACAUCCGGAAUUAAAAGACUUUGGGACGUGGUUGGAGAAGGAGAGUCAGUUUAUGAAGCAUUCAUGA